AGUCAGUUAUUUCAACGCAUGGAAAUAGUAUUCAUGUCAUUUGCGUAGUUUAGAGUGUUCUCUUGUUCUGGGCCGUGUUCUAGAAUAAAGCUGGGAUCUCUCACCUCAAAUGACCUGUCCUGUAAGCGCCAGGCGACGGCAAAAACAAAACCUAUCUGUUCUUUCACAGCACAGCAUACACCGGCGUUCAACUUCUGCAGCAUGGCUUCUUCUCGUGGGAAAAAUGUCAACUUUGUGCACAACGAUGAGAUAUGGAAGGACCAUGUCCGCCAUGAGCUUAGUGCCCUGCUCCGAUGGCCGGACAAGUGGGGAUUCUUAAAAACAGAGUACAACAAGGUAUAUGAUCGGAUGGCUGGUGUUCCAGUUACCAGGACACCCACACCAUUGCCUGAAAUUUCCAACUACACAAAACUCCCACCCAUCACAGUUGUUAAAAAAGCAGGCUCUCCAAAGAGGAAGAAGUCUCCCAGGGAAAGAUUACCCAGCCUGCGCCCUCCAACUCCUACAUUCCCCAAGACGACAGCCGGUCUGAUUGGGUGGAAGUCAGCACGACCUGACUGCCAGUUGGAAAUUUAUGGCCGCUACGCACCUAAUGCACGCGGGCAGAAAGGCAUCAUCAAGAUGCUGGGAUGGCCUCUACAAGGCUUGGACUGAGCAAACACAGAACAGGAAGGACAGACAAAUAGAAACGCCAGAAUUAGCAAAAAAAUCUAUUUAUUAAGAUAUCAUUACUUCAACUGGCUGUUUCCAUUUGUAUACAGGCAUCAUUUUAAUGACUGUUUGGUUGGUGCAUUAGCUUAACACAGCUAAGCAGACUUUGCAUCAGUUAAGUUUAAGAACAACACAUUUCUUCCUUUCAUGACACACCUGGAAUAUAAAUCAAUUCUCAUAA